AUGAAAUCCUCUUUAGCUAAGCAAUUGGUAGUCUGCCCUCCCAAAAUUUUCCAUCUCCUCACUUCCAAACCAACAAAGGCUAUCAGUCUCUUCUCACCCUUAUUACCUUCUUCAAAUGGCUUUUUAAACUCUGUCAAUUUUCGCUUUUUCACAUCUGAAAACGGUUUUCCUAUUUACCCUUCACCCAAAUCGAAUUCAAGCAAAGAUGACUCAACUAACGGAUACGAUGUCAGCGACAAAGAGCUUAAAGAGCAAAUAGAUAGAUUUUUCAAGGGUGAUGAUGAAGCUAUCCCUUCAAUAUUUGAAUCAAUAUUGAAGAGAAAAUUGAGAGGGACAGGUGAUGACUCAGAUGAUGAGAUUUUGAAUGAACUUCCGAAUCAGCCCAAACACAAUGAUGUUAGUGACAAGGAGUUUGAUUCGGAUUGA